UUGCUGAUUAUCAGUUGUUUCUUGAACUUGUGUGGAUUCAUUUUACAAAUAAUUUUUUUUUUCAUAGAUAAACCUAGUUGUAAAACUAUCUAGUUGUAAAAAUGUUCAAGAGCAAUUUUAUUAUUUUUAUAUUCAUCGCACUUUCGGUAUUAAAUACAACCAGUGCAAAACCUAAAGCUGAUAAAGGCAAAGGUGUUGCCUCAAGUUCAUAUGAUACUGAAAAAAUUUGGAGCAAAUUUAACGCAACAAACAGGAAAGGCAAUAAAAUGGUCGAAUAUCAAAUUCGAAAUAUACCUAGCACACGAUUUGAAGAGGCAUUGUCUUUGAUGGAUCAAUUUAUGGAAGAUGAACCAAUCAAUGAUGAUGAAGGUGAAAGUUAUUUCCAAGUGAAAAAUGAAAACCAUUGGAGAUCAGUUCUGAAUAAUAAAAUGUCGGUGGCCUGUUUUGAUGAUGAGGAUAAAAUGGUUGGCCUAGCCUUAUUACAUAUAGGCAGAAAAAAGGGUUCGAAAAACAAAAGAGGCAGACCAGUGGAUAUAACUUUGGAUCUAUUGAAUGUUGAUAUUUUCACACUGUAUGGAGUUGAGGAAUAUUUGGGCAACGAUGGUUUAAUUGUUUCGCGAAAAUAUCGACGCCGUGGAAUUGCAAGGCAGUUUCUCAUGAUAGGAAAAGACAUUUGUGCGGAAUAUGGAUUAGAAGCAGCAGCAACUGUUGUUACAUCUGAUACUGUAAAUAAAAUUGCCACUGAUCUUGGAUUUCAACUUAAUACAAGCAUUAACUAUGACGAUGAUUUGACAAUAACAUUGAGAUCAAUAAAAUUUGAACACAAAUAGCAUCGAUCCGUCAAGAUAGUUUGUAAUUGAGAAAAAUUAUGGCAUCACAUCUAUUGAUACCAUAGUGAUUCAUACCAUUAUUAUUUUUUAUUAUUUGCCUAUUUAUUCAAUUAUUUAUUUUAUUUUAUUUUAUUUUAUUAUUUAUUUAUUUAUUUAUUCUUAUUUUGUUACUUUUUUAUCAUUUUUAAUUUAUUUUAUUUCCAAAAUAUAUUUAAGAUAAUAUUAAGUAUUUCCUCUAAUUCUCCUGAAUUAGACCGGUUUUGCCAUGGUUUUCCGGAUCCAAUAUCGGUAUUUAUAGUAACUCGUAAAUACCCUCCUUCCUCUAUAUUGUAUCUCUUUUUGAAAGUCGCACCAUGGGCGGAAUUUAUACCUUGGGCACAUAGCCAGCAUGUGUCUAGUUCACUAGACUCACACAAUGGUAUAAAUUUAAGAUUGGUAAUAAAUAAAAUAAAAUAAAUAAAAAUUCACCUACAUCUCAAUCUAUAAACCGUGUGAUUUCGAUAUUUUGAGCCAAAUUUUUGAAAUAAAAAAUAUUGAAUACACUGUA